CUGGUCAGCCCCCGGCUGCAGCCCUUCGGGGACCCUUCCGACCUCAAGGAGGCGGUCACUUACAUCCGCUUCCGACACCCCGCGGCCCCGCUGUUCGCGGUGAGCGAGGGCUCCGGGUCGGCGCUGCUGCUGUCCUACCUGGGCGAGUGUGGCUCCUCCAGCUACAUGACGGGGGCCGCCUGCAUCUCGCCGGUGCUGCGCUGCCGCGAGUGGUUCGAGGCCGGCCUGCCCUGGCCCUACGAGCGGGGCUUCCUGCUCCACCAGAAAAUCGCCCUCAGCAGGUACACCACGGCCCUGGAGGACACAGUGGACACCCACAAACUGUUCAGGAGCCGCUCCCUGCGAGAGUUUGAGGAGACCCUCUUCUGCCACACCAAGAGUUUCCCCAUCAGCUGGGACGCCUACUGGGACCACAACGACCCCCUCCGGGAUGUGGACGAGGCAGCCGUACCUGUGCUGUGUAUCUGUAGCGCCGAUGACCCCGUGUGCGGACCCCCAGACCACUUUCUGCCCACUGAACUCUUUCACAGCAACCCCUACUUCUUCCUCCUGCUCAGUCGCCAGGGCGGCCACUGUGGGUUCCUGCGCCAGGAGUCUCUGCCAGCGUGGAGCCACGAGGUUAUCUUGGAGUACUUCCGGGCCUUGACUGACUUCUUCCGAACAGAGGAGAGGAUAAAAGGGCUGAGCAAGCACCGAGGCUCAUUCCUCGGGGGCCGGCGUCGCUGGGGAACCCUGCAGAAGCGGGAGGUCUCUCCCUCUUCCAGCCUGGAUGAGAUCUUUAGCUGGAAGCGAUCAUAUACCAGGUGAAACCCAGUCGGAGAACACCCUGUCCUGCACGGGGAACAGAGGGCUGAGUGGAGCAAGCAGCUGCAGCUCUUUGCCACUGAUUCAGCCCUUUCUUCUUUUCUCAUCUGUGGAGAGAGAUGGAGCUCCCAGCUAGCUGCUACUUACUUGACCCUGAGCAGAACUCCUGCCCAGACUCUGCUCCACACAUUCCUGCUCAUCCUGGUCAGCAGCUGGACAUUUCUGGUCAUUGUCUCCUGUCACCGACCGUAAGCCAAACACUAGCACCGUUUAAACCCACGGACUCAGGAUAAAAUGCUCUCUCGCCAGCAAUGACUACAAGAUGAGUUUCUGUGUCAUUGGGCAGCUCUGCCCCACAUAAAUAAUCAGCUCUGUGACCCUGAUGCUCAAGCUGAAGCCACUUCUGUAAUGAGGACAGGAAGCUUGUGUCUCGGUCCCACUUCCCUCAUUUCAUUCUGCGGUUGUGGCACCCUGCUGACUUCAUGCACAUCGUGGACGUGGCCUCGAAGAGCCGCGUGGCUGCGUCUGCCUUGAGUGAGUGUGAGAAAGGCGGCAGGGGCCCUCAGUGCAGUGCUGAGCUGGGGUCACUAAGGCCACAAGGGAGAGACGGCGAAUGCCUGUCUGGAAUACUAAGGCCCGUCUUCUGCAAGUUUCCAUUGGGAAUGGAGCUGAUCUGAUGCUUCAGCCUAGGACCUCAAGCCUCACUGGACAUCUCCCAAGGAUGAUUUUAGGAACAGGAAGUCCUCGAACACCGUCUACUAGACCAUGGCUCAAGAAGCCAGACUCUCAGGCACUUCAGCUGCUCCCUCUGGUACCAUUUCUGGGGAUUAUUACUCCAGAGAGCUCUGGCCAGAGGUGCUUUUCUCUUGGGACGUGGGCUUUCUCUAAGUGGUGAAAGUAUAAACCUCGUAUCUUAGGUGUUGUCUGGUUAGCUGCCCUCUUUUCUGACACUACUAGUAGCCUCUCCAUCUCCGGAACCUGGAGAAACAUCUGGGACCAGGGAAAACAAAAAGUUCCAAGAUGUUGGCUGGAACUGCCUCAGUAAUUUAUAAAUAUUUCACAUUA